UCAAUCAUUCUGAUUAACAAUUUUUGUCUUCAUUUAGUUUAGUUUUGUUUUGAGUCUUUUACAAGAAAAUAAAACAAAAUUGAACUUUUGUGAAAAAAGCUAUAAGUAAAUAAUCUACAUUUGUGAAGCUCGCACUGAAAUGGCUAAAAACACAUUCAAUUCUGCUUUCCGAAAAAUUGAUAUAGAUCAAUAUAAUGAAGACAAUUUCAAAGAAGAAGAAGCUGAACAAUCUGUUCCCACUGGACCUGACGAAAAUGAAGUGUCAGCUCUGUUAAAUCAAGGUAGAUAUAUUGAAGCCCUUCAAAUUGUUUUGAGCAAUGCUCCACUGGGGUCAGCAAACCAGCAAGUGAAGGACAAUGCACUGGCAUUGACAUUGAAAGUGUUGCUUGCUAUCAAGUCUGGACAAAUUGAAGAGGCUGUGAGCAGUCUAUCAUCAGAUGACAUUGAUAUCCUUAUGAAGUAUAUUUAUAGAGGAUUCGAGUGUCCUUCAGAGGGCUCCAGCGGCCAUUUGUUACUCUGGCAUGAAAAGGCCUUUAAUGUGGGGGGUUCUGGUUCAAUUGUUCGAGUUCUAUCUGAUAGAAUGCGUGUUUAAAUAUAACCACAUUUUUCUUUUCUGAUAAGAAAGAUAAACAAGGUUCCAGCUCAAUUAAUUCAUCAAUCAGCUUUCAGUAAAGUACCAAAUGGUGUGGCAGGUUGCUUUAAAAUUUCAAUAUUUAAGUUUAACAUUUAAAGAAAUUAUCAAAUUACCUGUAAAAUAAAUGGAUUAAUUUUU